AUGAACAAGAAUCUUGAUUUCUUCAAAGAUGUGGAAUUGAUUGAAGGAUCGUUAAUCCUCGAAAACAACAAAGGCUUUGAAGAGUUCGCAUUCCUCUCGAAACUCAAAGUCAUUGAUGCAAAAUUGGUGAAAGAUUCACCUCUCAGAAUAAACAACAACAAGGGCCUACUAUGUCUCGGCAUGCGUAGUUUGAGGGAAAUUCAUGGUGCUCCCAAUAUGACCAUUGAUAUCACCAAUCGCCUAAGGCUCUGUGAUGGUGACAUACUACAGCGAGUGUUCGACGGAGAAAUCAUUUACCAAUGGGGGUUGGAAGAUGAGGCAGCAGUAGAUGACGAUACCGCACUUGGGCUCGUAAUGAUAUUUGGAGGCAUGGCAAUUUUGCUAUUUAUCGUACACGGAAGCGCGUACGUUGUUUACAAGUGGGAAGACCAUCAAUUGCAAAAGAAGGUAAGUGCGCUAUAAUA